AUGAAGGACGACAAGAUGCUGAUGGAAGAAGCUGGUAUUAGCUAUACCGACGGGGAAGAGAAAGCAGUCAAGAGAAAAAUUGAUUUAAAGGUGUUGCCAUUAGCCUUUCUACUCUACAUCUGCUCUGCUCUGGAUCGUUCCAACAUUGCUAAUGCAAGAGCAUAUGCUUUCGAUACAACUGCCGGUGUGGGAGCUUUCGAGCGUUCUACUCAUAUGGCUGGCAGUGAUUUCAAUCUCGUUUUGUCUCUCUUCUUUGUCCCGUACUGUGUCCUCGAGCCGUUCUGUAAUUUGGCUCUCAUUCGUUUCAAGCCUAGCGUAUGGCUGUCACGAAUUGCCAUCUCUUGGGGAAUUGUGUCGACUUGCUUUGCUGCUGCCUCGUCAUUUAGCGGAGUCAUGACUUUGCGAAUCUUCCUUGGUGCUUGUGAAGCAGGUCUCUUCCCCGGUCUAACAUUCUGGUGCACAUUCUGGUACAAGCGCGACGAAAUUGGUGGCCGAAUCGCCUGGUUUUUCGGUGCAUCAUCCAUGGCAACAGCAUUCUCAGGUCUCCUCGCUGGAGCCAUAUCAUACAUGAAUGGAAUCUCUGGUCUCCAGCAAUGGCAAUGGUUGUUUAUCAUUGAAGGUGUUCCACCAGUCCUGGUUGGAAUAAUCUGUGCCUUUUUCUUGCCUGACUAUCCAGAGACAUGCAAAUUCUUGAAUGAACGUGAAAAAGAAAUUGCAAUCAACCGAUUACGAAAUGAUACCGAUGCUGUUGAUGGUGGUUCCAAGCAUUUCAAGAUGGAUGAGGUCUGGGGUGUGCUGAAAGAGCCAGAAGUGUGGGCUCAAUGCUUGGUGUUUGUUUGUGCCAAUGUGCCUGGAUGGUCCAUCUCAUACUUUCAACCAACAAUCUUGACAUAUCUUGGAUAUACCGGCACUCUAGCACAAUGGAUGACAGUCCCAACCAGCAUCUGGAGUGCCAUAGUCCUAAUCAUCCUUUCAAACAUAUCCGACAGAAUCGGGGACCGAUCUGUAAUCAUCAUUGCGGGGUUAUCAGUUGCCAGCAUUGCAUUUGUUGUUUUGGCAACGGUUUGGCAGCCACCUGCUGAUUAUGCAAUGUUGUUCUUUACAUCAGCAACCAUGGCAAGUGUUCCACUUCUUCACGGUUGGGUCGCAAACAACCACCCACAAUCAUCAGCCCGUGGUUUCGCAAUGGGUCUAAUCAACGGUCUUGGUGGAGUCGCUGGUAUCAUUGGUGGCCAAAUAUAUCAACCAAACGAUGCACCUCACUACGUACGAGGAAAUUUCUUCAAUGCGAGUAUCUUGAUUUUUGGUGCUCUUCUGACAUUGGCCGUCCGUAUGUCAUUCGUUUUUCGAAACCGAAGGAUGGAUGCUGCCAAGUCGGGUUUACGUCGCUACACCUUGUAA